AUGUACAUGGAGGUACCCCCAGAGAAGGACUGGGCCGCAGGGCAGGUGAGAUGGCCAAGUGGUGAAAAGCCCCCGGCUGCUGCCAAGCUGCUGGAGGACUUUGGCAUCAGCAGCUGUGGCCGGCACCACGGCCCAGGGCCCCUGCCUGAGCCCAGCCCUGCUGGGAGUCCCGUCAGCACCACGGACGGCACCCAGGAAGCCCGAGUUCCCCUGGACGGGGCGUUCUGGAUCCCGAGACCCCCGGCUGGGUCCCCCAAAGGCUGCUUCGCCUGCGUGUCCAAGCCCCCUGCCCUACAGGCUCCCGCGGCCCCAGCCCCCGAGCCCUUGGCCUCGCCCCCCAUGGCGCCCACUCUGUUCCCCAUGGAGUCCAAGAGCAGCAAGACGGACAGCGUGCGGGCCACAGGCGCCCCCCCAGCCUGCAAGCACUUGGCCGAGAAGAAGACCAUGACGAACCCCACGACAGUCGUCGAGGUGUACCCCGACACCACGGAGGUGAACGACUACUACCUGUGGUCCAUCUUCAACUUUGUCUACCUGAACUUCUGCUGCCUGGGCUUCAUAGCCCUGGCCUACUCCCUCAAGGUCCGGGACAAGAAGCUCCUUAAUGACCUGAAUGGGGCCGUGGAGGACGCCAAGACCGCCCGGCUGUUCAACAUCACCAGCUCCGCCCUGGCUGCCUCCUGUAUCAUCCUCGUCUUCGUCUUCCUGCGGUACCCACUCACCGACUACUGA